AGGUUUCUUUUUUUCUUUUACAAAUGUGGUAUAACCUCUCUUCAGGUUUAAGUAUCCAGUUAAACACUCAUUUUUAUAUAGGGAGGUCAUUAUUAUAAUAUUGCUGAUAGAGAGUGUUGGCUUUUCUCUUGAGUAUGUUUUUGAAAUUUUAAAAUUACCCUGAAAUGUAGAGAUUCUCAUACUUGUCCUGUUUGCUUCCUCCCUUACCCUCCUUCAGUCUUGUCUUGCUUCUGGUAGGGACUUGAAAUACUGAGAUUAGUGAACAGAUAUAGCUGCUUCUUUCCUGUGGUUCUCUUUUGAUCCUGCUUGUAUUUGGGAAAAACAGAUAGAUAAACCAACUACUGAGAAAAAGAAGAAAGCCAGCUAUAUUUCAGCUCUCGCUUUUUCUAGAAAGCUCUCUCAAUCAGAAGGAUUUUGCAAUAUGAAGAGGUGGAGGAGGAAGUAUCUUUAUACUGAGGUACUGUAAUAGGUAUUACUCACGACAGCAAAAUUUUCCCUCGUGGCUUGUAACAAUAGGCCACAAGUCAGUAUGUUAUAGAUGCUUUAUAUGCAUGUAAUCUCAUGUUAAUUUUAUAAGGUAGGCUUUGCCAAUUACCUAUAACUUUCAACUUGUGAAGAGAGGAUAAAUCACUCUCCCUAAAUCUAACAGCUAGUAGGUUGUGGAGUUCCAUGCCAGUUCUAACUCCCAGUGUUUUGUGACCUGAUUUUUUUUUCUCCUCAGGAAGCUUUUAGAAUCUUUUUUCCCCAGUGUUCUGAAAUUUCACAAUGAAGUGCCUUGGUACGUUUUUUAAGAUUCUGGGAACUUACUUUUGAGAAGUUACUUCUCUAUUUCUGUGGUGACUUCCUCUCUUCUGUUACUUUGUUUUGCACUUUUGUGUGUUUUUGUGUGUGUUGGUUGGCAAAUGGGCUUCUGUAAACCUCCAUUUUUCUUAAUUUUCUCUAUUUUCCAUCUCUUUCUAGUUUUUAGAAGAUUACUUCAACUUUGUUUCCAGCCCAUCUCUUUAUUUUUUCUAUAUUGUUUUUAAAAUCUAAGAACUCUCCCUACUUUCUGAACUUUUUAGACACUUUUGUAUUCAUGGUCGUGAUGACUGGUUUCUCUGAAGAUGUUAAGGACUUUUUAAAAAGAAUUAUUUUGCUUCCCACAUUAGUUGUCUAUUGCUCAGAGUUUUUUCUUUUUGUUUUGUUUUUCAUGUCUUUCAAAUACCUGAUUCUUGGCUGGCCUCUCACACUUAACGAGUGAGGUACCACAAACUAUUUAGAAGUUUGUGUGCAUGAGUGAUCUCUAUCUUUGGAUUCUUUCUGUUAAUUUUCAUCCCAAUGUGGUGUGUUAGUUCUGUCCAGGAUUCAAGCGGGGGAAGGCAGAUGGGAGGAUCUCACAUUUUGUUUUGUAGGCUUUACUUAAUCCUCUUGUUCUGGGGGGUACAGGGCUUCCCUCCUACGCACAGCUAUGCAUAUUGGCCCCAGUCUUCAGGUUAAUCCUUUUCAUAGAGUAAACUUUGUCUUCAGGGCGAGGGAAGAUCUGGGAGCCUUUAUUAGUCCCUAUAUGGAUAUUCAACCAAUUCUAUUUUCAGUUAUACUCCAGCUCAGGCUUUCAGAGGUACCAAAUCCUGAGUCUUUCUGGGAUUUUGCUGCUCAAGAUGCUUGCUUAUUGUUGACUCAUAACAACUUGGCACCUUUCUUUGUCCUGGUAAAUUGGUCAUUACUAACUUGUCUAUUUGCUUUCAUUUCCUAAAAUUUUAUUAAAAUCUCUACUCUGGGGAAACGGCACAGGGUUUGAAAGAUGGCGGACGAUGUGGGCGAGCAACAAACUACCAACACCGUAGAAGAGCCCCUGGAUCUCAUCAGGCUCAGCCUGGAUGAGCGAAUUGAUGUGAAAAUGAGAAAUGGCCUAGAGCUUCGUGGCAGAUUACAUGCAUAUGAUCAGCAUUUAAAUAUGAUAUUGGGAGAUGUGGAAGAAACUGUGACUACUAUAGAAAUUGAUGAAGAAACAUAUGAAGAGAUAUAUAAAUCAACAAAACGGAAUAUUCCAAUGCUUUUUGUCUGGGGAGAUGGUGUUGUACUAGUUGCUCCUCCAUUAAGAGUUGGCUGAAACAAAGAGUUUAUCAUGUAUGGAAUAUAGGAGAUUUUGUAUGAUUGCCUCUUUAAAUGUAGAAGACAUCCAAAAGAGAAACCUGCGUUCAUUUUGAUAUUAAGAAAUGACCAAGGAUUCUUCCACUCCUGAAAUGAGUUGAUUUGCAGAUAACUCAAAAAUUCUUAAGCUAAAGGGCAUUUUAAUUUUUUUCCAACUCUUUCAAUAAAUGUGAUCACCAGGAUGCAAAAAAAA